AUGGAAGAUAAAAGCGAGCUACAUGUGCGCUGGCUCGUGCUGUUCUUAUCGUGCUUACUAAUGAUUGGCAACUACUACUGCUUUGACAAUCCUGCGGCCCUCAAAAUUCAGUUGCAACAGCACUUUAGUUAUAUUCAUAAGGAUCGCUACGAGUUCCUCUUUAACUUGUUGUAUACGCUAUAUUCAGUCCCAAACAUCUUGCUACCGUUUUUUGGCGGCGUGCUCGUCGAUCGCUUUGGUGCUCGCGUGAUGUUGUUCGCGUUUUCAACGGCAAUUUUGGCGGGUCAAUUUAUUUUCGCGACGGGCUGCUCGCUUUCCAGCUUUAAUUUAAUGCUGUUCGGACGAGUAAUCUUCGGUUUUGGUGGAGAAAGUUUGGGCGUAGCGCAGGGCACACUUGUCGCGUCUUGGUUUAAGAACAGUGAACUUGCACUGGCCUUGGGCAUUAAUCUUAGUGUUGCUCGACUUGGAAGUGUAAUCAACAAUGAACUGAGCCCCUUUGUUGCGCAAGCAUUUAGCGUGUCGAAGGCGCUUUGGGUUGGUGUCAUCAUGUGUAUGGCAUCCGCAUUCACCGUGCUGCUAUUGAUUCCAAUUGAUCAGCGAGCCGACCAGCUGACGAAAAAACGAAACCAGAAGAAAGAAGUAUGUGAAGGUGAUAGCAUUCACUUUAGCGACGUUAGACACUUCCGCCUAGCCUUUUGGCUAUUGGCCUUAAGCUGCUUGGUGGUUUACGGUUGUGUCAUACCCUUUAAUAAUGUAGCAAGCAGUCUUUUGAUGGAGAGAGACUUUUUUAAAGAGCCUCCCGAAUUGUGCAGACGGUGUGGAGAUGGGCUUUACAUUCGGAAAAUCGAUUGUCAAGAAAUUGUUGAUGGCUGCCCAAGCGUUCCGCCGUACGGAUGGCCGCUUCCGCUUUUGUCGACAAACUGCACGAUUAAAGAGCCGCUGGAUCAGUGGAAUUGCUCUAGUUCGCCUCCACUCAUCGAAGGUGACAAGAUUAAUUGCGACGAAGAAGCUUGGAAAGUUGGCCCGCUGACCAAAAUGUACUGUGCGACGAAAACGAACGCGGCUCAAAAAGCCGCUACGCCUAUGUCAAUCCCAUACAUAAUAAGCGCAGUCAUCUCUCCGUUUCUCGGCUUUGCGGUCGACCGAAUUGGUCUUCGCGCUAUGCUGGCAUUGGUGGCCUCUCUAGCGCUGACCUUAGUCCACAUUUUGCUCGGACUAACUCAAGUUUCACUCUAUGUGCCAUUGUUGCUACAAGGAGUUGCCUACAGUGUGUUCGCUGCGGCACUGUGGCCAUCUGUUCCAUUUGUCGUUGAAGCCAAACAUGUUGGUACUGCUUACGGAGCGAUUACUGCUAUUCAGAACAUUGGGCUUGCGCUGUUCCCGCUGGCUGUGGCUUCUGAAUUCAACCAUAAUAAUCGAUACAUUCCAGGGGUGGAGCUGUUGUUUGCGUCAUUUGGCUUGUUGGGCAGCAUCGUAGGGGUUGCUUUAAACGUGGUGGACUUUCAGAACGGAUCGAUUUUGAAUCGCAAAGGCGCCAAGAAAAGACGGGACUUUAUGCCGGACGAGGAUGGAAUCGAUAAGGAGGCGCUCCUGGCUGCCGAGCGCUGA